AAGUGGUUGGCGCUGCGAGGAUAAAGAUGCCCGGAGGAGAGAUGCGGAGGGGAGGGGGGCCCGCUCUGCCGGGGAAGAAGCAGAAGGUGCUCCGCAUACACAAAGCACUGACCUCUGACCCCAUAGAUAUGGACACCCUCCGGGAGGUGGCGGUGAGUGAUGGCGGACUGUUCAGCCAGGAGAUCCGCAGGAAGGUGUGGCCCAAACUGCUCAACAUCAACAUCUUCUGCCUGCCGCCCAAACCAGGCCCCGCCCUUCACGCCAAUCACCGCGACUAUAACCAGGUGGAGAUGGAUGUUCGCCGUUCACUGAGGAGAUUCCCGAAAGGGAUGGCGGAGGGCGAGCGCUCAAUCUUACAGGGGCAGCUAACAGACAUGAUCCUCUACGUCCUCCGGAACAAUCCGGAACUCCACUACUACCAGGGUUACCAUGACAUCGCCGUCACUCUGCUCCUCACUGCCGGCGCGCGGAUGGCAACCGCCAUGCUCCAGACUCUUUCCACCCACCACCUCCGGUACGUUGUCACCCCUCAUACCGGGGUGUAGUGUGUCA